UUGCUAGCUGUGUGCGUUAAGAUAUUCCCUGGAUCCUGACUCCUGUUCCUGCUUCCUGGUUUCUGCGAGGGGGGUGGAACUCAUUCAUUUUCAUUCCUGAUACGAAUCAGCGGAGUAUUCAUGAAUCAAUAUUUGAAUUAUUACAAAAUGAGGCUGAGAACAUCGAGGUUAGGUUAUCUGUUACUCCACUUCACAGCACUUUGCUUUUACGCACAGAACACAGUGCAGUCUCCUCCUAAUUUCAAGCACCAUGUCACCGAGCAGAGCCGGCUGUCGGACCGGAUGAGCCGCCGGUUAACGCGAACCUACCAACUGUACAGCCGGACCAGCGGCAAACACGUGCAGGUGCUGUCCAACAAGAGGGUCAACGCUAACGCCGAUGACGGGGCAGCCCACGCUAAACUAGAGGUGGAGACUGACUCUUUUGGGAGUCGUGUUCGCAUCAGAGGGGUGAAGACCGGAUACUACAUCUGUAUGAACAAGAGAGGGAAGCUGAUUGGAAAGAGGAAGGGAAGAGGCAAAGACUGCAUCUUUACCGAGAUUGUUCUGGAAAACAACUACACGGCGCUCCAGAACGCCAAAUACGAGGGUUGGUACAUGGCGUUCACGCGCAAGGGUCGUCCGAGGAAGGCCUCCAAAACCAAGCAGCACCAGCGAGAAGCCCACUUCAUGAAGCGGCUACCUCGGGGCCACCUGCUGAGCGAGCGACGUCCGUUCGACGCUCUCCCUCUCUCCGUCCUCCCUCUCAGCAAGAGGACUAAACAUUCCCAUCAGCAGCGCUCCGGGGGCCGCUGAGAGCGGACAAGGUGGACGAACCAUUACAUGGAGUGUGGACUGUUUGUUCUGGGUUCUAUGUCUAAUCUGGUAGUUAUUUCCAGCUCAGUGAGAAGAUGUUAGAGGUUGCCAAUUUUCUCAUGAAAUUAGUGGGAAAUUGAAUUAAUAGCAAGACUUUAAAGACUGAUUCAAGUACGAAGCUCGACAUGGCAGCUAUCUGAGUUUCAGUGGAUGUUCUAAUUCCCCUGAAAAGGCAUUUUUGGAUAUUUUAUAACCACUUUUUUUACAUAUAUGAAUAUAUUUUACUGUAAAAUAUGUAAAUUGCAUCAAAUCGAUAUUUA